AUGGAAAUGCAAUCCAUCCCUGCAUCGUCUAGUCGCAUUCUGUACGAUGUGCCAUGUGCCGUGUGCCGCGAUCACUCGUCGGGAAAGCAUUACGGCGUAUUUGCAUGUGACGGGUGCGCUGGCUUUUUCAAAAGGUCCGUCAGGCGAGACCGUCGCUACACCUGCAAGGCACGCAACCCUGGCGGGUGUGUGGUUGAUAAAGCACACCGAAAUCAGUGUCGAGCGUGUAGACUUGCCAAAUGCCUGGACGCUGGAAUGAAUAAAGACGCUGUUCAACAUGAAAGAGGUCCUAGAAACUCUACGAUUAGACGACAAAUGGCAUUAUUUUUGAAGGAUCCAGCGUUACCUACACCAGAAAUGGGACUCACAGUUCCACCUCCAUUAGAUUUAGCGGUACCCAAGCACAACUUUAUGUCCCCGCCGCAAAAUUCCUUAUUCCAACAUCCGUACCCGUUCAAUAGAAUUCAUAUGAUUAAUCCUUCCGUAGUCAACGUAUCACUGAAAGCGCCUUCACCUCCACCUAUCACAGCUGCCUUGUUAUCCCCAAAGGAUCCAGAAGCGAUGUGCGAAGCUGCAGCUAGAUUACUGUUCAUGAACGUUAAAUGGGCAAAGAAUGUUCCCGCGUUCGCAUCAUUAUCAUUACCAGACAGGCUACUGUUAUUAGAAGAAUCUUGGAAGGAUUUGUUCAUAAUCGGUUCAGCUCAAUUUUUGUACCCAUUGGACCUCAAGAUUCUAUCUGAAGGAAACGCCAGAAUAGAUAGCCGAGACGUGGAAAUGUUCGAAACUUCAUUAGCCGACAUUGUUAAAGUCCAUCCAGAUAGUAACGAGUAUGCCUGUUUAAGAGCAAUUGUACUGUUCAAAACGAGUUUCGUAGAUGUUAAUAUAUUAUGCAGAGGUCAGUCACAGAUAGGCUCUGAAUAUAAGAGGCUUCAAGAUCUCCCCGCGGUUGCAGCGUUACAAGACCAUUCGCAAUUAGUACUAAAUGAGUAUACGACAAGGACCUAUCCGCUGGACCCAUCUAGACUGAGUCAAAUCCUACAGCUACUGCCGGUCAUUAAGAGAGUCUCUAAUCUCAUUAUAGUCGAGCUGUUUUUCCGUGCGACCAUUGGGGAGAUACCUAUCGAAAGAAUAAUCGGUGACAUGUAUCGUACUACCAAAGAUACGAUUUAA